GCGGGUAUGGCUCCAGGAAGGCAGAUGGCAGCAUGGAGCCCAGGCGGGCCGCAGUGCUGCUGAUGGUGCUGCUACUAACAGACGGAGGCUGUGCUGGAGGACCAGGCGAUGGAGGUGAAGACCAGAUCUUCAUGGAGGAAGACAGCGGAGCCUACCCACUGCAGGAGGUCCAGACCCCUGGGUCACUCUUGCGCUCCCUGCUCCAGGCCAUGCAGAGACCUGGCCGGAGCCCAGCCUUUCUGUUCCAGCCCCAGAGGUUCGGCAGAAACGCCCGGGGCUCCUGGAGCAGCAAACAGCUGAGUCCCCGAGCCGGGGAGGGGCUCAGCUCCCCCUUCUGGAGUCUGGCUGCCCCUCAGCGCUUUGGGAAGAAGUGACCUGUCAUCCCUUGAUAUGUAUGCAUGCGAAGCUCCCAACUACAAGGGCCAGGCCUCCCCCUCCUCCCCUAAUAAAGCUGUGGCUUCUGAA